UCCGCCCGUCAAAAAAAAAAAAAACUCUCUUCCUCACUCCUGAUCCCUCCAGUCCCUUUACCUCCCUUCCCUAUCUCCUCUCACCUCUCCCACUUCUCCUCCUUCUCUCACUCUUUCCAUCUUCAUACGGUAUUUCCUGUAUCACUUCCCUCCCCCGCCUUUCCGUUGAUCUACAAAUUGUAGUCUUCAACCUGUCUUCGCUUCGAUACUUCUCUAUUCAACUACCCUCAGCUUUCCACCCCUUGACCCUCACUGACCUUCCACGCCAAGGCCAACUCGCCGAAGCGAGUGUUUCUUAAUUAUCCUUGACUUGAGGAAAGAAUAAGUAAUAAUAGUAAUCAUGAGUUUUAACCUUAACACGCACCAAUUUGAGAAUGGUAGACGGUUUCAUGGCUACCGAGGUGGUGCCUACAUGUAUCCAAACGAUGAGAAAGAGCAAGACCGCCUUGAUAUCUACCACAAGAUGUUUCUUGUUGCACGGCAGGAGGAGCUUCACCGUGCCCCAAUCACCAGAAAUUAUUCCCCACCCAGAAUCCUAGAUCUCGGUACCGGAACCGGUAUUUGGGCCAUUGAUAUGGCGGAUAAAUAUCUUGAUGCAGAGGUCAUCGGCAUCGAUUUAUCAUUAAUACAACCUAAAUGGAUUCCACGUAACCUUCGAUUCCAAAUCAGCGAUUUUGAGAGUGAAUGGACACUAGGGAAGGACUCUUUUGACUUAAUUCACCUUCGGGCUGGCUGCGGGAGUGUCUCUAGCUGGCCUACGCUCUUCCGUCGAGCGUUUGAACAUCUCAAACCUGGUUAUGGUUGGAUUGAAUAUGUAGAUAUCGAUAUUCAGGCUCGUAGUGAUGACGGUACACUUACCACUGCCCAUGCUUUGUAUCAGUGGCAGCAAUACUUGCUUGAAGCCACAGAGCGUGCAGGCAAGCCACUGAGGUACGAAGCAAGAACUGGCCAAUUGCUUAGGGAAGCGGGUUUUGUCGACGUCCAAGAGGUGGUGCUAAAGCUUCCAUUGAGCCCUUGGCCGUCAGAUCCAUAUCUCAAAGACUGCGGACGCUGGUACAAUCUUGGGCUCUCAGAGGCCCUUGAGGGGUAUACAUUAGCGCCUAUGACAAGGGUUCUAGGAUGGUCGGCCGACAAUGUGAAGAAUCUACUCGGGCCAGUGCAGAAAGACAUCAACAACCGACAGAUACACGCGUAUAGCGAUAUGCAUAUAUGGAUAGCUCGAAGGCCCGACUGGGGCGUCGAAGAUAAAAAAGUUUCCAGCAUCAAGCGGGCGAUAACGAAAUAGUGAUCUUCACGACCCGACCUCAGUCUCCUGACCCGGGGUUUCCGAUUCCUUUCAUUCUUCCUAGUGCACUGGAGUGGUCUACCGAAAGUCGACCUUUGCUGGACUAUUGGGACCCGCUCGCAUUAAUUGUUAACGAUGGUAACUGAAGGGAUCAGUCAAUGGAGAAUUUUGGUUCAUUUUUGUUUAUUCAAUCAAUUCUCCCGCUUUCUUUUCUUUUUUUCCUCUCCUUAUUUGCUUGAUUUGGUGUUGCUCGGCGUACCAUUGAUUUUCUUGAUAUCGCUUUCCUUUUUUUUUUUGUCCUAUUCUUUCGGAGGCGGAAAAGGGGAGGGGG